AGGUCCAUCAGGUUGGUACCCAUGAAGUUCUGCAGCCUACAGAACCGGGUCAGGCUGAGGUUUGGACCAGACCGCCUCCUUCAUUACUCUGUAAACAUCAGAACAGAACCAAACCGUCGGACCUUCAGCCUCUCGUCUCAGUUUCCUGUUUUUGCUUUUCACUCAGAUUUUCCACAGCGACGUUUCAGAACCGCUGACCCUGACCUGGUUCUGGUUCUGCAGCUGAACCCAGUCUGGACCUGAGCCGGGCUCUGCAGGGAGAGGAGCUGCUUCACCUCCAUCUGAACCAGAACCGGCCAGAGUCUGUCUGAGGCGGGAAGGUCCAGAACCAACGAGACCAGAACCUGAAACAAAUUUAAUGUUCAGUUUCACCUCAGAGCUGAAGCUUCUGGUCUCAACAUGCAGAUCAGAACCAGAACCAGAACCAGAGUUCAGGUUCUUCAUUCUCUCACCAUCAGAGUGAAACUCAGGUUGUGGAAACGUUUCACAUCACGAAGCCACAGAGAGGCAGCUCUGGGCCACCAGAACCACAGAACCAGAACCAGAACUGGAAAAAUGGUGGGGUCACCUGGAGGUCACCUGGAGGUCACCUGUUAACAGCUGGAGGCUCCAGCAGCUGCAGCCCCAAUGGGACCAGAGUUAAGAUGAUUAUUAUUAAUAAUAAUAAAUCAACAGGCCUUAAAAACACAUUUAGAUUCAUAAACUGCCUUCAUCCUGGCUGAUUUUUAUUUCCUCUUCGUUUCCAUGGAGACGCCAGUGUUUCUCUGCUUGUCAGGUUUUCCUCCUGCAGUUUCAACAUCAGUGAUCUGAACUCUCAGCCCUGAGGGACUCCAGAUGAAGCUGCGAGUGAAGCAGCAGUUUGGUGCCAAGAGGCUGAUUCUGUCGUGUCACGUCUCUCUCACAUCCUCCUGCUGCGGUUUGGCUCAACAGGAAGUUCUUCACUUCUCUCUGAGACGGACGGACAGAACGGCUUCAGCUGCAGACGAGAUGAACGCCGACGAGAUGAAUGGCAACGAGAUGAACACCACCACGCCGCCGCUGCUGCUCUGUUUAUUUCUGAGCUGCAGCUGCCAGACGGUUUCCUGCCACGAGCUGUCCCGUCCCUCCUCCCUGGUCGUCUCCCCCAACCAGCCUCAGUUCUAUGAGUACGGUUCUGUCUCCCUCAGCUGUGAGCAGUUUGGACCGGACAGAUGGACGGUGUGGAGACAAACCAACUCGGGGUUGCAGGUGUUUCCAUGUUCUGAGUGGGGAAGUCAAACCUCCUCCACCUGCACCAUCAGCACCCUAAAGACCUCGGACAGCGGCGUGUACUGGUGUGAGUCCAGACACCGGGACAGCAGCCACAUCGUCAUCAUCACCGUCACCACUAAAGAGGUGGUUCUGAUCGGUCCGGUCCUUCCUGUGAUGGAGGGAGAUGACAUCACUCUGACCUGUCAACAUAAGAGAGCUCCAGGUUCAAACGCUGAGUUCCUCAAAGACGGAUCCAAGAUGGCGUCUGAAGGUAGCCUGAUCCUGCGGAACGUCUCCAGGGCCCAUGAAGGAGGUUACACCUGUAGAAUCAACGGCGUUACGUCUGAGACCUACUGGCUGCUCCUCAGAGAUGUGUCCCAGCCGGCGUCUCUGAGCGUGAGUCCGGACUAUUCUCAGGUUCUGGAGUAUCAGUCCUUCAGUCUGAGCUGCAGCAGCUCGGCUCCAGGAUGGACCAUCAAACGCUUCUCUAACCAAACCAGAAAGACGUCCAGCUGUGGGGAAUACGGGGACGUCCUGUCUUCUUCUGUCUGCAGGGUGCAGACGGCCAAGGCGUCUGACAGCGCCCUCUACUGGUGUGAGUCUCCGACCAAGCAGCGGAGCAACACGGUUCAGAUUACCGUGUAUAAGUAUGAGAAACCGGUGGUUCUGCUGACUCCGGCUCUGCCUGUGGCGUCUGGACGAAACGUUAACCUGACCUGCCUGACCAGGAGCCCGUCUGCUGCCUCGGCCGAUUUCUACAGAAACGGUUCCUUCAUCGGGAAUGGAUCCUGGUCCUUCCUGCUGCGCUCCGUUUCCACGGAUCAUGAAGGUUCCUACCACUGCAGGAUGGGAGCCCAAGUCUCUCCACCCGGCUGGCUGUCAGUCAGAGGUCAGGGGUCAGGGGUCAACAUGAAGGAGAAACUGCUGACGGGUCAAAGGUUUCUGGGUUUCUCUCUGCAGCUGAUCCAGAUCCGGAUCCAGAUCCGGAUUCUUCUUCUCCUCUUCACUCCAUCCUGUGGAAAAUCCUCUACGCUCCGGUUUCCAUCUUUUAUUUCAUCCCCACCUGCGUCUUCAUCUACAAGCUCAGACACAGAGCCACAGGCUGGAGCCCAGCGGGCCGGACCAGAACCUCUGGACCCAGACGAGCCGCAGAAGAAGCAGCAGCAGGUGGAGACGACUAUGACGACGCCAUGGCUCCUGUCACCACCAGGCAUCAUUUCUGAAUCUGAUUUUAACCUCUGACCUCUGAAUGUUUCCACUCUGUGUCGUUUGUUUCUAUAAAAUCUGUAUGAAGCAUAAAGAAUAAAAUAUAACUUUUUUAAAAAUAUUAGUUUCUUAACUUUCCUGGUUCAGGAAGGAAACUGAACCAUGAAAC